CAAUAUAUAUAGUGAAAACUGUUAUGGUAUAUAAGUCGUAAUAUUACAGUUAGAACAAUUGCAAAUGGCAUCACUCGGGAGACUAGAUGGAAAGAUUGCACUUAUCACAGGUGCUAGUUCUGGAAUAGGUCAGGGAACAGCCAUUUUGUUUUCUAAACUUGGAGCAAAGUUAGCAAUAACAGGAAGAAAUGAUGCUAACCUGAAAAAGACUGCCGAUGAAUGUGAGAAAAACGGCGGAGUGAAGCCAUUAAUGAUAGUAGCAGAUUUGUCAAUGGAAGAGGACACCAAAAGGGCUGUAGAAGAAACUAUUAAAUGUUACGGACACUUACAUGUUCUUGUUAGUUCGGCAGGGAUUGUGGAAGUUGGGGAGUGUGGAAACCCAAACAUUAGAACAGUCAGUGUUCCAUAUUACACAGCUAUGUGUUCCAAAUUUAUUCAAGGUUUAUUCUUGUUACUAUACAGAUUCCCUAGGCUAUCCGUAAUAGUUUCUUUCCACAUCCGAAUUUGGUUUGUCAGUUACAAAAACGAAAGGUCAAGAAAUAUGGCGACAACACUUGGAAAUCUUGCUGGCAAAGUUGCUUUAAUAACCGGAGCAAGCUCUGGUAUAGGUGCAGCUACAGCAGAAUUGUUUGCUAAACUUGGUGCCUCGUUAGUAUUAACUGGACGUAAAGUGGACAAUUUGAAAGCUGUUGGGGAAAAGUGUACCCAGUGUAGUGGGAAUACACCAUUACUGAUACCGGGCGAUUUAAGCAAGGAAGAUGACACCAAGAAUUUAGUGAAGAUAACAAUAGAGCAUUACAAGAGGCUAAAUGUACUGGUAAACUGUGCAGGUAUCAUAGAGCUAGGAAGUAUAGAAAAUACAAGUUUAGAACAAUUUGAUCGGAUGUUCAAUAUCAAUGUUAGAUCAAUAUAUCAUCUAACCAUGUUAGCAGUCCCACACCUUGUAGACACCAAAGGAACUAUUGUCAAUGUUUCCAGUGUAAAUGGCAUGAGAUCAUUCCCUAAUGUUCUUUCAUACUGUAUGUCUAAGAGUGCUCUAGACCAGUUUACAAGAUGUACAGCAUUAGAGCUGGCUCCUAAACAAGUCAGAGUAAACAGUGUAAAUCCAGGGGUAACGGUAACAGAACUUCAGAAGCGUGGGGGUCUAGAUGAGGAAGCUUAUGCAAAGUUCCUGGAGAGAUCUAAGGAGACUCAUGCUUUAGGUCGCCCAGGACAACCAGAUGAAGUGGCAAAAGCUAUUGCCUUCUUAGCCUCAGACGAUUCUUCCUUCAUUACUGGAGCAUGUGUACCUGUUGACGGGGGAAGACAUGCAAUGUGUCCAAGAUAAGAUAUUCGGUCAAUGAUGUUUGACCGUGUCUGUGAUUUCGUGCUCUCUUUAUGGGGUGAAUUAUACAUGACCACUCUGUGACAUUUUGAAAGAAAAUUUCCAAUAGGCCACACCAAAUUGAUUUAUUUGUUGUUGACUUUCUCAACAUUAAUACUUACAAUACUGAAUCACCAUCUUUAUUGAUAAAAAAAGUCACUUUCAUGGUUAAUUGCAAUUUUUUGAUAGUUUUAGAAUAAGUUCACUAAAUGUUUGGCAAUAUAAAAGUGAUAUUAAAAGUUUAAGACUACCUACAUGUUUUUUUGUCUUACAGAAAAUUUGUUUAAGUAUGACCCUAUACUUUUGAGGAAUUUCAUAUUAUUUUAGUUUUUUUUAUUAAAAUUGGAAUAUGUAUAUAUUUGUUUUAAAUCUUUGUAUUUUUAAAUAAGUCACAAGUAUGUAACAUUAAUGUAUCAUGUGGAUUCAAUAUUUACAGUGAUGGUUUGAAAAAGAGCAUCAUAAAGCAUUUUAUUUUGCAGUUUCUGCGUUUUUUUUAAUUAUUGCAACUACACGUAUAAUUGAAUAUAUGUUGACAUAUGGGUCAUUUUCAAAAAAUGUUGAAUUUUGAAAUUUCAAAAUUGAUUAAAAGUUACUAAUUCAAACAACCCUCGUCAUAAGCAAAUCAAAACAAACAGUACUUGUGGAACAACAUAUAAAAAGAUGCAAUCUUGAUAAUGUCAUACAAGAAUGUAUUGAAACAUGUUUUGAUAGGUGGUGCAAUAUUUUGUCUCUCCUGUUACCAUGUUCAAAAGAAAUUUGGGGUGAUUUAGAAAAGGUUUCAAUAACAUUUUAAGCUUGUUUUUCAUAGCCAAUAAAAUGGUUUUCAAGAGUAAAAAUUUCUAUAUAUUUUCAUUCUGUGAAAAGAUAGAUUAUUUUUCAAUUUUCUAUUUGUACUGAAAAAUGCCUUCAAAAAAUUGGUUUUCAAAGGUUAUAAAAAUAACCAACAGUGAUGCAAGUCUAAGAUAGCAAUCCAUAAUGUUCAGAAUUUUUUUUCUCUUUCUAAUAAACCCAACAUCAAGUAAUUCCCUCCCAAGUUGGUUUACUUUUGUCUUUAUUUUAUUGGUAACAGGAACGUACGUUAAUGAUAUAUCAUCAUAUUAGGUUCUAUCCUUUACCCUUUUUGUCUAUCCUGUUACCGAUAGCAGUAUUGCAUCUGCAAAUGCUACGUUAUGAAGGUUAAGACGUUAUAACCUUUGAAUGAGUGAGUUCAAACAACGAAACAUUUCAUUAUGUGUACAAAACUAUAUGUAAUUAUAAACUUUUAAAAGACGUUUCUGUCAAAUAUUGUCUAUCCUGUUACUGUAACCAUAGUAACAGGAUAGACAAAUUUCUUCAUUUAUGAAUGCUGUUGUGAAAUAACUACUCCCUUUGGUGAAGUGAUAAUGUUUUUCUGUUGUGAUUUUGGUUUCCAACACGUUAUUGCACUUUUUACAAGUAUAAUAUUGGUGUAAUUAAUAGAUAUGUUGGUAACAGCAUAGACAUGAUAAAAGGGUACCCACUAAUUUUUUUCACUAAAUGUCCUGAAAUUUCUUUUCUCUAUACUGCUAAGCAAGAAACUUGCUGUGUUAAAUAUUUUUGUUUCUUUGCGCUUUUGAAAUCAGCACUGACUAGUUUAAUAUUCAUAGGGAACAAUUUAACGGUUGAUUUAUGUAGCUGUAACAGGAUGGACAUGAACUUCAUGUACGCUGAUUGAAUUUAGUUUUGUAGAAAAAAAUGUUACAUAGAAUAAUAAAGAAGCUGCGAUUUUCGUUAGAGUUAUUAUUAACAUUCUAAAAAAGUCCCUUUUGCAGAUAUCAACGCAAACAGAAAAUAUGAAAAAAAUCAUUUGAAAUGUGUUAUGUUGACACUGUACGCACAUAAAUUACGCACAAAUUGGUCUUAGAUAUAUUUUAAUCUUAUCAAUAUAGAUCUAAAUCGUGUUUAUUAUUGAUGUUCUGAAUCAUAAAUUCUACAAACUUUCAUUCAAACACUUACAACUGCAUUUUCCUUCAGAAAUAAAAAAAUUAGCAUAGGUGUACUGAAAAUUCGACAUUUUUUUUAAAUGACCCAUAUACUAAAUGGUAUGAUAAAGAUCAAAGGACAGAUUCAGAAUAAGAAUUAUUGUAUCUAUUAAUCAUGUUAAUCUUUAUUCAGGAUAAAAGAAAUUUGUGAUUUAAAGAAAAUAAUUUAAAUAUAUUUUUAAAAAGUGUGAAA